UAAAAUAUUUUGGUUGAUGUGUUUAAAUUGAAUUCGCCUAUUUAGUCUUAACCAUUUAUUAUUAUUUUUUGUGCGACCGACUUCUUCCGUGCAAUUACAAUAAUUUAUUUGAGAAUUUUCUGUAACAUUUCUCGGACCUUCAUUACGUUGUUUUUACUGUGUAUAAAAUACGGAUAUGUUGAACAAAUUUUUUACAAAAACAUAUCUUAUAUGUUGUUUGACGUUAACCCUCGUCCAGUGGAUCGAAAGUAAAAAUUCUGAAUAUGUGACCUGCGGGACCGUUACGAAAUUAUAUAACAUCGAUCUUAAGGUUAGGCUGCACUCGCACGACGUCAAAUAUGGUGCUGGCAGCGGUCAACAGUCCGUUACUGGAUCGGACCUAUCGGAAGAUAUAAAUUCUCAUUGGGAAAUUAAAGCAGCCACAGGAAAACAUUGUAAAAGAGGCGAGCCAAUUAAAUGUGGUAGUAUCAUUAGACUCACGCAUUUAACGACCAAAAAGAACUUACAUUCUCACCUGUUCAGUUCCCCUUUGUCUGGGAAUCAAGAAGUAUCUGCUUAUGGCAGCGACGGUGUAGGAGAUUCUGGAGAUCAUUGGUAUGUGGAUUGUAGUGGAGAUUAUUGGGAGAGAGACGAUGAUAUUCGACUGAAGCAUGUCGACACUGGAUCGUACUUAAUGGCUUCAAGUUUAUCUUAUGGUCGACCGAUUAACGGGCAAAAAGAAAUUGCUGCUGUCAAAAACCCAGGAUCAUUUUCAACAUAUUGGCGCGUUAAAGAAGGCAUAUUUGUUCAUAAGGAUGACCCAAGUGAUUUUCAUUCUGAUUACUCACAUAUCGAACUGUAGUAUUGGUCCAUUAUUUAAGUUUUGAAUUCUCAAUCGUUUAUAACUUUGUACAUGUAUUAAACAUUGGAAAAUAUAAAUUAUUUAUAGUAAA